ACCAGGAUAGUACUUUUAUUAAAUUCCUGAUACGUUGUCAAUAUUGAAAAAACUCUUCAACAAUUUAAAUGUACACGCACAGUUUGAAAAGCUGGAAAAUAGUAAUUAAAAGAAUAUCCCCAUACCCACCUUUCGUACCAGUCCCCAAACAUCACGCUAAAGUUUACUGCCUCUUGCCAGCCCAUGGACGGGAAUGGGAACGCCUACGGAAUAUGUUGUGAUACUACAGUUGAUCCUACCUUCUCUAAAACAAAAUGCUGCACGACCACCUCAUCCUGGCCCCUUAUUAAAUGAUAGCUUAAUUCUGGACACAAACAGUUCCCACCAUAAAAAGAGAGGAGGUGACCGGAAAGGAGUGCGUCUUAAGCGCGUUCGCUGAAUUUGCACCACCCAAUCCAGCCCCCGCCCGGCCCCGCUCCUUAGACCUCCACUCCGCGCGCCCUCCCGCCGGGGCUGCACUUAGUCUGCCGUCCUAAAGAAGUUGCACUCCGAUCCCCAAGCAUCAGGUCAAAAGUCUAAUUCAUGCUCUGACUCCUCCGCCAAUUAGAAAACAAUUGUUGCCAAUAUACGUGGUCGCGCCGCCUGUGACUUCAGACGGGACGGGCCCGCGGGCGGGAAGCCUGCGGGGCGGGAGGCUGGGUGGGGCCCUGGCUCCCCUCCCCCGCCCGGGCGCGGCGUCUGACGUCCCGCGCGUCGGCGGCCGCGGAGCAGCGCGGGGAGCCAGGCUGGCCGCCGGCGGGUGUGAAGAAAAAAAAUGACACUCCAAUGGGCGGCAGUGGCAACCUUUCUUUAUGCCGAAAUAGGACUCAUUUUAAUCUUCUGCCUACCUUUUAUUCCUCCUCAGAGAUGGCAGAAGAUUUUUUCAUUUAAUGUCUGGGGUAAAAUUGCAACUUUUUGGAAUAAGGCUUUCCUUACCAUUAUCAUCCUAUUGAUUGUUCUAUUUCUAGAUGCUGUGAGAGAAGUGAGGAAAUAUUCCUCAGUUCAUACCAUUGAGAGGAGCUCCACCAGCAGACCUGAUGCCUAUGAACACACACAGAUGAAACUUUUUAGGUCUCAAAGAAAUCUUUACAUUUCUGGAUUUUCACUAUUUUUUUGGCUAGUGUUGAGACGUCUGGUUACGCUUAUUACUCAACUGGCAAAAGAACUGUCAAACAAAGGUGUACUUAAAACUCAAGCAGAAAAUACUAACAAGGCUGCCAAAAAAUUUAUGGAAGAAAAUGAAAAACUAAAACGGAUUUUGAAAAGCCAUGGUAAAGAUGAAGAAUGUGUUUUGGAAGCAGAAAAUAAAAAACUAGUACAAGACCAGGAGAAACUGAAAACUGAAUUAAGGAAGACUUCAGAUGCCCUUUCUAAGGCACAAAAUGAUGUGAUGGAAAUGAAGAUGCAGUCAGAGAGACUUUCGAAAGAAUAUGAUCAACUCCUGAAAGAACACUCUGAACUUCAGGAUCGUUUAGAAAGAGGCAACAAGAAAAGACUGUGAACUUUAUAAAAGACGCUUGCAAUAUACUGUGUCAAAAUGAUAAUUUUGUUAUGUUAGCCUCUAGGAAAUUUAAGUUCAGAAAAAUGCACUAUGACCAGUUCGUAAUUUUUUUUAAUGUCACACAUAGGUUAUAUUGUAAUGGCAUUAUCAAAAUAGUUGAUGAUGUUUCAGAUAUAUUAUGAAGUCUGUAUUCCAGCUCUUAAGAAAAAUACAAGCAUGUUAAAUACCGUAUUUACAUAUUGAUAAUGUCACUGAUAUAUGGUGGCUGUUUACCAAUAAAAGGAAAAAUUCCUUGGCCGGUUACUUCCAAAAUUAGAAGUUUUAAGUUGCACGAAACCAUUAAUAGCCUUGAAAGCUUUGAUGAGUUUUCAGUAAUGAUCACCUAUUUAAUCAGAUGAUGAUGUGUUUGAAAAUAGUGUUCAAUAUCAGCAAAUUUGUACACAGGGAAUGUAAAUAAGGAUAACUGAUCAGAGUUAUCCACCGUAUUUAUAAGGAAGAGUCAGAAAAAACAAUGACCUUAGUUUUUUUUAAGCCUGAUGAUACUAUGGUUUACUCUAAUAAGAUAGCUAUAUUGAUAAUUAUAUUUUUGUUAUUAUGCCCCUGCACAUUUUGGUCUGUUUUUUAUUGAUAUUUUUGUUAAUAACACAUAAUUAGUAACCACUCUACUGUUUCAAGUUAAUCUAGUAAUAGAGUUUACACAUAUUUGUAUAACUGCUAUACCACUGAACUGCAUUUAUUUUACAACAGUGUAGAAUUCUUGACAAGUUAACGUAGAACAUAUCCAGAAAGCAGUAUUUGUUUCCGUUGGUUGUGAGAGUAACUAGCUAUAUAAAUAUUACCUCAAAAAUACAUACACUGGUAUCACACAGUCUUUCAACAGUGUUUCUAUAUUCUGAAAGUUAAAUAUUAAAUGCUAUUUUUCCAUUCAAAUAUUCAUUUAGAAUUUCCUUUAGAAUAUGGCAGUGAUUAUAUUAAUAUGAUUUCAGUUGUUCCAGUGUUUAGACAUGAAAUCAUCUUCCUUGUCUCAUAAAAACCUAAAUAUUUUUUAAAAAUGAAAAUAAUUACUGGAGUUUUUAUUUCUCUUGUCUUUGUUUCGUCCUCUGUUUAUUAUAAUUUUAGUACCAACUUCACACCUAGCUAAUUUUUUUCAUCAUAAAGUGGAUGAAAUGAGCAAGUACAUAAAAAUUUUAUUUCAGAUAAAAGUCAGGAGUUACUGCUAAAAAACAGACAUGUAGGAGACAUUCAACAGGAGUAAGAAAUGGGAGUUAGACCAUAUGGGCUGACAACACCAUAAAUAACAAGAAAAGGGAGUGCUGAAAUAGGAGAGAACUGAACAAAUGUUAGCUCAAAGUAUAGACUUAGAAAUAUCAAAGUAAGAGCUAUCUGGGUAAAUAUAUAGAUAUUGAGUGCUUGGAAUCCUAGCCUACUAUGUGAAAAUUAAGUCUAAUAUCAGAAUAACAUACAGAAAAGUAGAAAAUGCACAGUUUUAAAAUGGGCAGAGUUAAAAUCUAAUCCCAGCUUUAUCACUUAUUUAGCCAUGCUAGCCUAGGCCUCUAUUUCCUUGUCUCCAAAAUGGGAAUAAUAAAAUUUAGAUCAGGAUUACUAUAUAAACAAAGAUAAUACAGUGAUUCUCAAAGUUGUUCAGACUGUAUAGUAAGGAGAAAGUCUGGGUGCACUUUGAAAAGCUUGAAGAUUUGAAAGAUUCCAAAAAAGCAUUUUAAAGUUUACAUUUAAGGGACCUAGGAGCUCAACCCUCUCAGGUUUACAGGUCUGAAACUUUAGACCUCAAAAGUUUGAGCAGUUUUUCCAAGGCAACAUUGAUAGUUAGAUUCAGGGCCAGGAUGUAAGUCUAGAAUUUAGGUAUCCUGAUCCCCCAGAUACCGCUCUUCUGUUUAUACGCAGACCAGCUAUAAUUUGCUAAACAAAAUAUUGCAAUGUAUUAGUCAGUUGUGGCUCCAGAGCCUGUGCCCUUUACCACUGUACCCAACUGUUUCACAUGCUAUGUUUGUUAGUUUUUCCUAGUACUCUCCUUAAUAAUGGUGGUGUUUAGAAAAUUGUAUUAUAUAAGUAAAUAUUUAUUUCAUGGAUUUAAUUAUGUUGCAUGUUAAAUUACUUUCCUUCCCAUUGUCAAUAAUGACUUAUUUAUGUUGUAUGUCUUAGGCUGUAUUAUAAAUUCAAACACAGGAAUGUUAUUCUUGCCUUUUUCCAUCAGAAUUACAUAAAGUAUUAUUAGACUUUCCUCCUACUUGCAAAUCUGCCUGGAGGUACUGGUCUUUAGGAAGUAGCACUUAGCAAGUUCUGGAUAAGCACUCCAGAACUUGGGAUGAGUUAUCCUUGUUGUUUGUCCAGCUCUAUCUUGGACCCUAGUGCUGCUAAUUAGAUUCAUGCCUUGUUCUUUAGGGCCUAAGUUCCUCUCUUGGCUAUUUAUCCUAGUAUGCUGAGAACUAGGAUUCCCUUUCAGUGACAGAGUCCUGACCUGGAACCCCAAUCAAGAGCCUAAAGUUUAACCACUUUCUGAGAUAUUAGCCUGAUGCCAGCAGCCUGCCUGGAUCUCUAAAUAUUACCCAUUCUUGGAGUUAUUCGUGAUCUCUGCUUUCCUGCAUGUCACUCCUGCUUCAUCAUUGGACCUGCUAGCCACAGCUACUUAGAUGUACCUGAACCUGUUGUCUUGCCCUACCUCUGUGGGCUGGUUCAGUUCUGCAUUCCCAUUCCAGUGUCCACUGCCUUCUCGCUGUCCCUCCUAUCUUAAUGCCCAGCCCUACUAACAUGACAGACCAUUGUGCAUUUGAGUGCCCACUAUACAAUGUGUGACUAUAACCGUGCUUUUAAGCAUUGACUUUAAUGUCUAGGAUGAUCUGUCUAAAGUCCAUGGAACCCUCCUGUGUUUUUUCAUCCCUUUCUUAGUAAUCUUGAAAAUCCACUUAUAAAAUUCUUUUCCUUUUUUUUAACAUUACUGAAUGGCAUUUUUAAAAUUACUUUCACAGUGUUUCUUUCCACUUUGAUCGCUACACAAACAUGACCUUAUUAGUUGCACCAGAAAUGAUUUAAAACACUUUAGGAACUGUGGUAGGCUUAAUUAUGACCUCCCAAAAGAUAUCCCUAUACCAAUCCCUGGAACCUGGAAAUGUUCUCUUCUAUAGCAAAAGGUGUGAUUAAGUUAAAGUCUUGAGAUGGAGAGAUUAUCCUGGAUAAUCUGGGUGUGCCCUAAAUGCAGCUACAUCUAUGCUUAGAUAGAAGCAAAGGGAGAUAUUACCACAUAGCAGAGGAGAAAGCACAGUGACCACAGAGGCAGAGAUUGGAAUGAUGGAGCUGCAGCGAAGGAAUGCUUACAGUCACCAGAAGCCGGAGGAGGCAUGGAACAGAUUCUUCCCCAGAGUCUCUAGAUACCCAUAAAACUGAUAUGGGACUUCCUGGCCUCCAGAACUACGGGAAUAAAUUUAUUGUUUCAAGCCAUCAAGUUUGUGAUUGUUUGUUACUGCUGCCAUAGUAAAUUAAUACAGGAGCAUACAGGACAGAUCUGUAAGGCCUGAACUGAAUUUCAAGGGGUGUGGAAAACAAUUACCCUUUAACACCACUCCGUCUUCCCCAUUAGUCAUUUGGAUAAGUCAAAGAUAGCCUUAACCAUCUCCUAUCUUAUUUACUUUUCUCCUUCAAUAGUAUUUCUCCAUUGCCAUUGCCAUUGCCACUGCCUAAUUGCAAGCCAUCAUCCUCUCUCACAUGGACUAUGACAACCUCCUCAUCUCCCUGUAUCUUCUCUAAUGCUUCUCUCAUAUACAUGCCCUCAGCGGCCACCUGCUUUAAAAGAAAAAAAAAAAAAAAAAAAAACACUGAUCAUGUCAUUCCCUGCUUGUCUUCCAAUUCUUUCCCACUGCAGUAAAGAUCAAACCACCAAGAUCAAACACCAAGACCUCACCAGGCUCCCAUCUACUCUCCAGCCUCAACUCAGUCCACCUGCUCUGCCAGUCACACCCGUAUUCUGUUUGUUGUUGUUCUUUCCCUAGGAUACAGAUCCUGACAUGUCUGCAUUCUGAUUCUUCUUGCAACAAGCCAAAUUCUUUCCCUGUCAGGACGUUUGCAUGUAGUAAAUGUUGCAUCCCAGUCCUGUCUGCCUUCUUAUCCUGUUUUAUUUUCAUCAUGGCACUUAUUGCCAUGUGAAAUGAUCUCAUUUAUGGUUUGUCUCUUCAGUGAUUAACACAGUUUCUGCAGACAGUAAAUCAGUGGUUCUCAACAGGAAGUGGAGAGGUCAUCCUGAGGGGAACAUUUAGCAAUACCUAGAGACAUUUCUGGUUGUCGUAACCUAGUGGAUAGAAGCCAGGGAUGCUGUUAAAGCAUUCCACAAUGCACCGGACUGGAACAAAGAAUGAUCUAACCCAGAAUGUCAGUGUUGCCAAGGUGGAGACAUUCUGCAAUAGAUGCUUGUGGCAGAGGGUACUGGUUGUCCCCCAAUAUCCAUUCUUUCAUUCACAUGUGUUAAUACAUGCUCCAGCUUUUGUUGUUUUAUAAACAGCUGCCAAACAUAAAGACAACAUUUUCCAUCUCCUUGUAUGUAAGUGGAAAUAGGUAGGACUGUCAUGUGGGGCCAGUUUCUUUUUCUCUUCCUCUGACCUGCUGCUUGAAACAUGGAUGCUGCUAUCUUAGAUCAUGAAGUUGAGGCCAUGCAAAGUGGAGCAACAAGAAGGAGGCUGUGUCCCUGACGCCAUAAGCACCACACCUGUCCUGAAUUGCUGUGAAUGACACCAGAUAACUGCAAUACAUUGUCUCAACGUCCUAGACAUACAUAAAAAGCCAUAAAUGUUUGUCCUAUGCAGCACAAAACCUUUGUAUCUUUGCCUUUUAUGUUGGGAUCUUAAUUAAAAAUUAUAUCCUCUACU